GAACUUUCCGCUCUGAAAGAAGUCUCUUAUGCAGAUGACAGUGACGAACGGUCAGCAUAACUGAUUUCUUACUGGUCUUCUCCAAAUGCAUUGGCUCAGACUUGUCGCCUCACACUCGAAUCGCCUGGAUACCACUUUCGAGCUUUCAAGAUUCCUCAGUCAGAAGCCCAAGGAAGAACGACCAUACGCACAUCUACGAAAAGCUGAUCCAAUGACUCCAAUCGGGCAGCCUUACAGCACUGUUUGGGCCGGCAGCAUGUCCUCCCCCUCAAUUUCGCCUCAAGUUCUGAGUUGCAGGUCUUGUGACAGGCUGUCAGCACUGUUAUUGAUUCUCAAAGCGGAACGUUCGAAUAAUCUGCUGCCACGAUGGAAUAGUGGCUACAUUAGCGAUGCAAUGGGCCCCCGAAUCGAAGUCCUCUGUGUUACGGGCUGGACCCGAUUAGUGGAUCCGGGCCAGCGCCCGGAUAUUCUGCCACGAUUGACCGCGCGGGCUCUAUUACGCCUACGCUCCACCUCCGCGGAAGCUCCGCUUGUAAAUCUCUUCUCGUCAGCUUAGAUUCUGUCAGGCCCAUCCCAGUACACUCGUUACAACGAUUGUCACACUAUGCCUAUGAAACAAUAUGGUCUUACACAAGCAUGACUAAAUAGUCGGGAUAUUCCCAUAGCCACUCGUUCUUCAUACUCAUCAAU